AAAAUAAAGGUUGUGAUGUGUGGAGGUUUGAUGAUAAAUUCAUCCACACUGGAAGUAGAUCUGAUGAGUUGGGUUUGGGAAUGUGUGUGUCUGAUUUCUCCCAUCCUCCCAUCCCCAGGUAAGGAAGAGUCUGUGGCCACCUUCAAGGGCAACGAGUUCUUUUGCUACGACCUGUCCCUGACACCCAUCCAGAGCAGCACUGACGAGAUAACGCUGUCCUUUCGAACGCUGCAGCGCAACGGCCUCAUGCUGCACACCGGCAAGUCGGCUGACUACGUGAACCUUUCUCUGAAGAGCGGCGCCGUUUGGCUGGUCAUCAACCUAGGCUCGGGGGCCUUUGAGGCCCUCGUUGAGCCGGUCAAUGGCAAGUUCAAUGACAACGGCUGGCAUGACGUCCGCGUCACACGCAACCUGCGCCAGCACGCAGGCAUUGGACACGCUAUGGUAAACAAACUGCAUUAUAUGGUGACCAUCUCGGUAGAUGGUAUUCUGACCACCACCGGGUACACCCAGGAGGAUUACACCAUGUUGGGCUCAGAUGACUUCUUCUACAUCGGAGGAAGCCCCAACACUGCAGACCUGCCUGGAUCACCGGUCAGCAACAACUUCAUGGGCUGCCUUAAAGAUGUGGUUUACAAAAACAACGACUUUAAGCUGGAGCUCUCUCGGCUGGCCAUCGACCGUGACCCCAAAAUCACUCUAAACGGGGACCUGGUGUUUCGCUGUGAGGACGUAGCAGCGCUGGAUCCUGUAACGUUUGAAAGCCCGGAGUCCUACAUCUCCCUUCCCAAGUGGAACACCAAGAAGACAGGUUCUAUCUCUUUUGACUUCCGUACCACAGAACCCAGCGGGCUGCUGCUGUUCAGCCACGGCCGCCCUCAGGGUCCUAAAGAGCAGAAGCCUGGUAGGGAACUGAAGACGGAUUACUUUGCCAUGGAACUUCUGGAUGGAUAUUUAUACCUACUGAUCGAUAUGGGUUCUGGAAAAACAAAGCUGAAGGCCAGCAACAAGAAGGUCAACGAUGGAGAAUGGUGCCAUGUAGACUUCCAGAGGGAAGGGAGAAAAGGAUCCAUCUCAGUCAACAGCCGUAGCAUGCCCUUCAUGUCUCCAGAGGGCAGUGAAAUCUUGGACCUGGAUAGUGAUAUGUACCUGGGCGGACUGCCUGAGACCAAGUCAGAGCUCAUCCUACCACCAGAGGUUUGGACAGCACUCCUCAACUACGGUUACGUUGGCUGUGUUCGUGACCUCUUCAUUGAUGGCAAGAGUCGUGAUGUCCGUCGCCUGGCUGAGAUCCAGAGUGCUCUGGGUGUCAGCAGCUUCUGCACCCGAGAGCUGCAGAAGAGGUGCAGCAGUGCCCCAUGUAGCAACGGAGGUCUGUGCAAGGAAGGCUGGAACCGCUACAUAUGUGACUGCACAGGGACCGGAUAUCUGGGCACCAACUGUGAAAUAGAGGCAACUGUUCUGAGCUAUGAUGGCAGCAUGUAUCUGAAGAUCAUCAUGCCCAUCACCAUGCACACAGAGGCUGAAGAUGUGGCGCUUCGCUUCAUGUCCCAGCGAGCAUACGGCCUGCUCAUGGCCACCACCUCCAAAGAGUCAGCUGACACCCUGCGACUGGAGCUGGACGGAGGCCGUGUCAAACUCACGGUCAACCUUGAUUGUAUCAGGAUAGACUGUAGCCUCAGUAAGUGGUUCUAUCCAUUUUUCUGACUCAAAUGUGUCGUCCCUCAUCUCUGAUUUGUACCGUGGCGCUCUCUGUUCUUCUGUCUUCAUGAUCACUGGUGCCUAGAAGUUUUUUGUGUUUUCUCUUUUCUAAAAUAUGCUUUAACUUUAAUUUUUUUCAUUUUCUAAGCUUCUUUUCUUAACUUGUGUUUCCCCGUGCCUUCUUCCUUCCUUUGGUGUUUUCUUUUGAAACAACUACUUGUGUGUUUUUUUUCAUGAGUUCUGUCUCUAUAAUUUCACUCACUCACAGAUGUAAUGAAUGUUCAAUUUGCAUAAUUGUGCGAGUUUUCUAACCUGCUACUGUUCCACAUGCCUCAAACACCCAGCUAUGAAUAUAGUAAUAUUACAACACUAUUCAUUUUCCUGUCAGCCUUCUAAAACGAUGAGAAAAGGCCAACCUGACACUUCGUUAGGUGUUUUGACUUUGUUUGUUUGUUGGAGCCACAUGGCUGCACACACAGGUGUUGCUUGUUUUCUGCUGGGGACAGAUUGUAGUUUUGGCCUGCAGAAAGCUAAUUGCUUAUCUGCAGAGAGGCAACACCGCCUGCUGUGCACUUGUUUUGGGGAAAGCUGCUGUUUUUCUACCUCAUUCAGACACAAUGACAGCAAAGUGUUAUUUCUAUCAUGGCCUUUGACAGCUGAACAGCUAGAGUCUGCAGGUAAGUGGCAACAGGGACGGCGACACAAACAGAGAAAACCUGAUGUUUGUGUGUUUGAUGGCUGGUUUUGAAUGGAGAGGAUUGUGUUGAUGUUUAUGGCGUUCUUGCUUUAGAAUAAACAUUAAUACUUUAAAUUUCACUUUACAUGCUUAGAAACCUUAUCCUGAUUGAUCAGCUUGCAUUCUCACCACUCCCCAUUAAAAGUGUCCCUUUGCUCCCCACAGAUCUCAUGUCAGUAAUCAAACUGGUAAAGGGGCCACUUUACAGUAAACGGCAUCAUAACCUGUUUGAAGGCUUUGGCAAGUUACAACUAUUUUAGACACUUCAGGUUUUCACCUGCAGUCAGGACUCAGAAUAUAUCAGUGUGUGUGCUUGGCCACUAGAUGUCAGCGCAGCACCAAUAAUAAGGUGAGUUCAACAGGAAGCAGCUUGAAACUGAUUUCAGUUUAUCCCUACAGACCUUGGAUCAUCACUCUUUUAGCUUCCACAGGACAGCCUUGUUAUUGUAAAUGGUUUUAUUUCAUAAUCAAGGUCAAGUCAGACGUGCACACGGG